AUGUUACCACCAUCUUCAUUAUCAUCAAAUAUUGGAGAAGAAUUAAUUACAACAGAUUUUAUUAGAAGUAAACCAUUGUCAACAUCUCUUCGAAAACAAUUUCAAAUUGCUUAUGUUGAAAAAUCAAAUCGUGCUCAAGAAUUUCAUUAUUGUCUUUCAUCAUGUUUUGUGGAUAAACCAAUGGAUCCAGAAGAUUUAUUGAUGAUUCAAGAUAUUGAUGAAUAUCUCAAUGUGAGAAAAUCAGAUGUAAUAUUUAAGUAUUAUUAUAAAUAUGAUCUAUUUCAUUUUAAUGAGAUUCGUUAUGGUUAUGUCCUAGAUACAGAUAACGAAAUGCUCAAUCGUUCAUUACGUACCACUAAUUUAUGGCGUAAGCCACAUCGCUAUCUUGGUGAAUACGAGGAAAAAGAUUUACAAGAUUUGUUUAAAUGCAAAUCCUAUGAUGGUUGGCCAGCAUGUGAGGAAGGUAAUGGUAAAGAAAUGAUUCGUGUUGGAACCAUUCAAUCAUUGUCUGUCCAUUUUCACACCAGUAAAUUUCAGCCAAAUCGAAGAUUCUAUGUGGAUAUGAAGGAAAUUCGUCUAAAUCAUUAUAUAAUGAGAACUAAAGAAGAUGCUAUACAAUCUGCUAAAAAAUGGGAUAAACUUGGAUCACGUCUUGGUCAAAUGGCUGUAAAUCAAUGGUUUCGAAUGAUAUUCGACGAUUCAAUUACAGAAUCAAAAAGACUUAUUUGA